AUGAUCUUAGGGCGCUAUUUCACGGCCGUCAUCAACUUCUUUGGCUUCCCGCCGUCCCUCGCACCUCAGCAAGAGGUUUUGAAUCAUGAUGCCCCAAUGGUCCACAAGCCGGCUGAGCCACUAUCUUUCAUUCCGCCUGGUGCUGCUGAGUCUGAGACUGGCAUAAUUAAAUGCGAAUAUCCUGAUAUGAUGAAAGACUACGACAUUGCCGACAAGUCAGGAGAAUGGUUGAUAAGUAAAAAUCCAACCAAGAACCCAGACUUUAACAUAUAUACCAACUACGAAACGAUGUGGCCUAAGGGAACCGUGCGGAAGUACACUGUCACUAUUGAGGAGAAAGCGAUGACUCUCGAUGGCGUGAAUUUCCCUCACGCAAAGGUUAUCAACGGCAGUUGGCCCGGCCCAUGGAUUCAGGCAUGCUGGGGUGAUGAAGUCCACGUCACGGUGAAAAACAAGUUGAAGUACAACGGCACUGCAAUUCAUAUGCAUGGAAUUCGCAUGCUGGACAGUAACCUCAACGAUGGCGUUCCUGGCGUGACUCAAUGUCCCAUUGCUCCAGGCCAAGAAUUCACAUAUAACUUUACCGCGACUCAAUAUGGAACCACCUGGUACCAUAGUCAUUAUAGCCUGCAGUACACGGAUGGCGUGCUCGGACCGCUGACUAUUCAUGGCCCUACUUCUGCUGAUUACGACAGCCCGAUUGAUCCUAUCAUACUAGGAGACCACAACCAUCGCAGUGCAUUCCAGGACUAUUAUCAGGAGCAGUUUGGAGGUCCUCCCAAGAUGACCAGUAUCUUGAUCAACGGCAAGGGUAGCUACGCUGGGUCCUACCCGGACAGGCGAUAUACUAAACAUGUAAAGCCAGGGCAACGGAGGCUAUUGCGAUUAAUCAAUACGUCAACGGACUCGACCUAUAUCUUCAGCGUCGAUGAGCACGAGCUCGAGGUGAUUGGCGUCGAUUUAGUGCCGAUCAACCCGUACACCACGAAGAACAUCACCAUCGGCAAUGGGCAACGCUACCACGCUAUCUUGAAAACGAAAACCGCCACCCAGGUGUCGAAAAGGGACUCUUAUUGGAUUCGAGUUCAGCCCGCUGUGAAUUGCCAUAAUUUCGAAACCUUUCCGGACACGAGGCAGGGGAUUCUGUGGUAUGGAGACCAGGAGAAGCCCCCUAUCCCCACUACAAAGGCGUUUAAGUACAACGCAACUUGUCGGGACGAAACAGGCUGGUCACCGGUUGUGCCCUGGUUUGUCCCAGAGCUCCCAGAAGAACAAAGGAAACAACUGCGCAUUGCCAACGCCUCCGUCCGACUCGACAAAUGGAACCUUCCAAUGGAGCAUGGGAAUGAGACCCCGGAGUUGGUAAACAACUGGAACAUGAUAGAGGACCCUGUUUGGGUGAACUACACACGACCGACAGUCAAUUAUAGCAAUGGGCCUUUUGGUAAAAACGCCGUUGUAUAUAAUGUCAACGCAAGCACCGGAUGGCUAGGGUGGAACUACAUGGUCAUCGUUGGCGGCAACCAGGAGAAUCCGGAGCCCUGGAAGGGAGGCAGAUUGAUUCCUGCAGCGCACCCCAUUCACCUCCAUGGCCACGACUUUGCGCUUCUCCAGCAAUCCGAACACCCGUUUCGCAAGUCAUCUUUAAAACUGAACUAUUACAACCCACCUCGCCGAGAUGUUGUGCUGCUUCCGAAGAACGGGUUCAUUGUGAUUGCCUUCAAGACCGAUAACCCGGGCCCCUGGGUACUGCACUGCCAUAUCGCCUGGCACGCAUCGGCCGGGUUAGCCUUCCAGGCCUUGGAAGAGGUCGAUAAAUUCCAGGACCGAAUCAAACACGGAACCCCCCAGUGGCAGAAGACUCAGUUGCAUAAGACCUGCAAGGACUGGAACACUUGGCACAGUGACAAGAAGAACCACUAUUACCCCGAUGGACGGUUCCAAGACGAUUCUGGAAUUUGA